AUGUCAGCUCUCUCUGUGUACACUGUCCCUGUACCAUCUCACCUUCUAUCCCUAUACCAUCUCACCUUUUGCCAACUCUGCCUGUGUAUGCUGUCCCUAUACCAUCUUACCUUCUGCAAGCUCUACCUGUGUACGCUGUCCCUGUACCAUCUCAUCUUCUGCCAGCUCUACCUGUGUACACUGUCCCCUGUACCAUCUCCCAUUCUGCCAGCUGUACCUGUGUACACUGUCCCUGUACCAUCUCACCUUAUGUCAGCUCUCUCUGUGUACACUGUCCCUGUACCAUCUCACCUUCUGUCACUAUACCAUCUCACCUUUUGCCAACUCUGCCUGUGUAUGCUGUCCCUAUACCAUCUUACCUUCUGCAAGCUCUACCUGUGUACGCUGUCCCUGUACCAUCUCAUCUUCUGCCAGCUCUACCUGUGUACACUGUCCCCUGUACCAUCUCCCAUUCUGCCAGCUGUACCUGUGUACACUGUCCCUGUACCAUCUCACCUUAUGUCAGCUCUCUCUGUGUACACUGUCCCUGUACCAUCUCACCUUCUGUCCCUAUACCAUCUCACCUUUUGCCAACUCUACCUGUGUACGCUGUCCCUGUACCAUCUCAUCUUCUGCCAGCUCUACCUGUGUACACUGUCCCCUGUACCAUCUCACCUUCUGCCAGCUGUACCUGUGCACGCUGUCCCUGUACCAUCUCACCUUCUGCCAGCUCUACCUGUGCAUGCUGUCCCUGUACCAUCUCACCUUCUGCCAGCUCUACCUGUGUAUGCUGUCCCUGUACCAUCUCAUCUUCUGCCAGCUCUGCCUGUGCAUGCUGUCCCUAUACCAUCUCACCUUCUGCCAGCUCUGCCUGUGUAUGCUGCCCCUAUACCACCUCAACUUCUGCCAGCUCUAAUUAUGUACGCUGUCCCUAUACUAUCUCACCUUCUGCCAGUUCUACCUGUGUACACUGUCAUGAAGCCCAGUAACUUUCUUGCUUCCAGUUCUACCUGUAUACACUGUCAUGAAGCCGAAUGA